AUGUACAUAGACACUAAGGCUUCCGUAGACGGCUUUGAGCCACCCAUUGGAGUGGAUGAGCUAUAUUGCUUGUAUGGCUCCAACCUUACAACCAUGGAGACUCUUGUAUAUGCACCCGCUUCCUUCUUCCGCCGACCUUUUCCAGACCAAGUGCCCUCUUUACUAUCUGGUAAUGGUGAUGGCACCGUGAACCUCCGAAGCUUGCGGGUAUGUCUAAAUUGGCCCAGGGUUGAACACAUCGUGCUGCCUGGCUGCGAACACGUCAGUAUUCUCUCCUCUCCAUUGUUUAUCGAUCACGUUGCCCGUAUACUGAAUGCCAAACUUCCAGCCAAUUCCAUGGAGCCUUGA